AUGCCCCAGAAGGUUUGCCAUUCAAGAUGGGGAGGUACGUGUGUAAACAUGUAUUUCAAUCAUUGUUUAUCUGGUUCCUACUUCUCACGUAGUGGAUGUGCAUUCCAAGAAAUAUGCUGUAUCCCUGCAACAAAGACUACAGCUCCUCCAUUGUUACCAGGACAGUGUGGUAUAAGUACGCCUGUUCAAAAAACUAGUACAAAGAUCGUAGGGGGAACUGUUGCUGCUCUUGGAGAAUUUCCCUGGCAGGUUUCAUUACGUUUAAAUGACUACCAUAUUUGUGGAGGAACAUUAAUUGACAGUCAAUGGGUCCUGACGGCUGCUCAUUGUUUUAAGGAAAACAAAAAUCCGUAUGCCUUCACCGUUGUUGUUGGUGAACACGACAGAGCAUACAUUGAAGGAACAGAAAUCCUAGAGAAAGUGGAUACUUUAUUUAUCCACAGUGGAUUUGAUAUGCAAAGUUUUAAAGAUGACAUCGCAUUAUUAAAACUAGGUCACGCUGUCCCUGCAUAUAACAAAUAUGUGCGUCCUGCUUGUCUCCCAGCUAACACCACAAGUUUUGAGGAUAUGAUAUGUACAAUCACCGGAUGGGGAGCAAAUCACAACGGUGGUCAUGGUACACAUGGUUUAUACAAAGCAGACGUUCCAUUAUUGUCCAAUGAAGUGUGUUCUUAUUUAAUGGAUCGACAGAUACCAGGUACAGAGGUCUGUGCAGGAAGAAAGCAUGGCGGUGUAGAUUCCUGUCAGGGCGAUUCUGGAGGACCUAUGGUGUGUAAAAAGAAUGGAGUGUGGAGUUUGGUUGGUAUUACGUCAUGGGGAUACACAUGCGCAGCAGCAUACCAGCCAGGAGUUUAUACACGUGUUCAGUCCUACCUCGGCUGGAUUCGCUCUGUAAUGAAUACUUUUUCAGAAGAAAUACCCGCUGUUGGAAGACGAGACUUAACCGAUAAUAAAGUCUAUUAUAUAUAAUA